UCUGGAGACUGCAGCAUGUUUAUUGUGUUGUGUGAAUUAAGUGACUUCACAACCAAAAAUUUCUCCGCCUGUUCAUUUCAUCUGAUUCUAAUACGGGAGAUAUUUAUCUAAAUCAUCUCUAAGUUUUCGAUUAAUAUAAGUGCUUUGUUUUUUUUAUCAUUUAUUAGUGUAGUUCUGCUUCAGUUUCGCUGAUAUAUUCGUAGUCGAGAACAAUUGUUGGAUUUUAACCUAUAAAAACUGAAUAAAUAACGUCUUAGCAUUAGAAGACAUGAGUGAUAAGCAGAAAGUGCUCAUCUGUGGCAAUGUCGAGGGCAAUUUCAAGUUUUUGUUUACCAAAGUGGAUGCUAUAAAUAAAAAAAAUGGACCUUUUGACUUUUUGUUUUGCGUUGGCAAUUUCUUUGGGGCCAACAAUUCCCAACUGGUACCAUACCAGAAAGGAUCCAAAACCAUACCAGUACCAACAUAUAUAAUUGGUCCUUACAGACCCGAAGAUGUAGAACAUUAUCCAAAAGAAAACGGAUGUGAAAUCUGCCCCAAUCUGACAUACUUGGGGAAAUCUGGUGUUUAUACGUCUAGUUCAGGACUCAAAAUUGCUUAUCUGAGUGGUGUUCAAAGAAAGAGCCCCGAAGACCCCGAAGAGUGUACUUUUAGCGAAAAAGAUGUCAUUUCAAUAAAGAAUACGUGUAUAAAAAUACCGAGUUUUCGGGGUGUAGAUAUUUUGCUUUCCUCUCAAUGGCCAGAUUUUAUAACGAAUUUAGAUCAAAGUAAGCCUACUUUUGAAUACAACGGUUCGAGGCUUAUAUCAUGGUUAGCAACACAUAUCAAACCUCGAUAUCAUGCGUGUGGCAUGGAAAAUAUUUAUUAUGAGAGACCACCUUAUAGGAACCAAAACGAGAGUCAAGACGGAAUCAAUAUAGCUACGCGAUUUAUUGCUCUUGCAACAAUUGGUAAUCAAGAUAAAAAGAAAUGGAUUUUUGCUUUCAAUUUGACUCCAGUCGAUAAAUUCAAAACAUCGGAUCUGAUGAUGAAAACAACAGACGAAACUGCAAGUCCGUAUCCAGCUGCAUUGUUGCAGCAGAAUCCAUCUGCUAAAAGAAAAGAAGAGAAAUCUCAGUUCUUUUAUGACAUGGACUCUAAUGAUAAAAAAAAGUUGAAAAGACGUAAAGUUGAAUUUGAUAAGGACAAGUGUUGGUUCUGCUUGGACAGCAAAAUCUGUUCGAAACAUCUUAUAAUUUCAACAGGAAAUGAUAUUUAUUUAACAUUACCAAGAGGAGGAAUAGUUGAAGAUCACUUUCUUCUGGUACCAAUAGGACAUCAUCAAGCUUCUUCGGUAAUUUCUGAUAGUGCUAGGAAAGAACUGCAAGCAUAUAAGGAAGCGAUUAAAAAAUAUUAUGCUCUCAGUGAUCGAGUACCAGUAUUUUUUGAACGAAAUUUCAAAUCAAGUCAUUUUCAAAUUCAAGCUGUACCUGUUCAUAAGAAUCAAGCCUCUUCAUUAAAAGAUACUUUUAUAGAAAUAUCUAAUGUGUAUCAUAAACCAUUAAGAGAGAUGAAUAAUGAUCUGCAAGAAGUGGCACCUGCAGGAACAUUGUAUUUUUACGCUGAGUUGCCUGAUGGAGUUCGUUUAUUUCAUAAAAUCAAACACGACUUUCCCCUACAAUUUGGAAGAGAAGUAUGUUGCUGCGAUAGAAUUCUAGAUUGUCCAAACAGAUUUGACUGGAAAGACUGCGCAUUAAGUACUGAACAAGAAUUCAUGUUGGCAGAGAAAAUAAAAUCGAAAUUCCAACCAUUUGAUGUUAAAACUACGUAAAAUAACUUGAUAUAUUUUUUAUUAUUAAAAAGUUAAAAAACA